UUCGGAAAUCUGGUCACUUGUGGCUGGCAUGUGGGAAGGACGACGCCUGGAGGAGCUGCCCACUCCGGCCUUCACGGUGGACCUGGGCGUGGCCACGAGGAACGCGCAGCGCAUGCGGGAGCGAUGCCAAGCCCUGGGGGUGGCCCUCAGGCCCCACAUGAAGACCCACAAGACGCUGGAAGGUGGGCGCCUCAUGACCGGGGGCUCCCUGAGGGGAAUCGCAGUCUCCACGCUGGCGGAGGCCCGCCACUUUGCCGAUGGCGGCUUCGAUGACAUCCUGUACGCCUACCCGCUGCCCUUCGACAAGGUGGCGGAUUGCGCCUCCCUGGCCGAGAAGCUGGAGGCCUUCCAGGUGAUGGUGGACAGUCCGCAGGCCCUGGGGCAGCUGAAGGGGAGGCCCCUGCAGACCGGUCGGCCCUGGAAAGUUUGGCUGAAGAUCGACUGCGACAACGGACGAGCCGGCGUGAAACCCUCGGACCCGUCAGCCUUGCAGCUGGCCAAGGCCAUCUCCGAGGGCGCGACGGAGCUGGCGGGCAUCUAUGCCCAUUGUGGCAACUCGUACGGGUGCCAGGGGGUGUCAGAAAUCCAGUCGGUCGCCCAAAAAACCACGGAGUUUACCCUGAAGUUCAUGGAGCGGCUCCGGGAAGCUGGGGUGCCCUGUCCGAAGUCCAGUAUCGGCUCCACCCCGUCCUGCAGCCACCCGGUGCCCGCCAUGGGCGAGCUCAGCGAAGUCCACCCGGGAAAUUACAUUUUUUACGAUGUCCAGCAGACAUUGAUUGGCUCCUGUCAGCCUGAGGACGUGGCUGUGCGCGUCUGGACGCGAGUGAUCGGUCACUACCCAGACCGCAACCAGUUGUUGGUGGACUGCGGAUGGACCGGACUGAGCCUCCACAGCCUGGGUCAGCUGCCCACCGGCUUUGCCCUGGUGGACGGGCACCCAGACCUCAAAUUGGUGGGGAUGACCCAGGAGCACGGAAGAAUCGAACCCAUGACCGGGGAGCUGGAUUUUGCCAAGUACCCUCUGGGCAGCCUCCUGGCUCUGAUUCCUUAUCACGCGUGUGCCACGGCCGCGAUGCACCCCGUCUUCUUUGUCCAUAGCGGCGGUUGUGUGGUGGAGACGUGGAGGCCGGUGCGAGGCUGGUAGAAAGACAGGAUGAAGAAAAUGCGCAGAUCUUGGCCUGUGGAAGCCUUCGAGGGUCUUCAGGUGAUGCAUUCCCACAAUCGUUUGGACUUUCCGCUGGUGCGGGAAUGUCCGGUUUCAACUUCCCAAGGUCUGAAUUGGUGACUUAGCUGUAUGUAAAGUCCACUCUGGGUCAAGCCCUGGUUGCUGAACCGUCCAACUCCUAUCAAGCCACGAAUGGUGGCUUAUACAGGCAUGACCAACUUAAGUCGGUGAAACUAUUCUGUUUGUGAAAAGAAAGAUCCACCUGACCAGCAGAGGUUGUCCUUGACAUACGCCCAUUGCUAAAUUAAGUGAGUUUUGCCCCAUUUUACAACUUCUCUUGCCACCUCCGUUGUUAAGUUAGUCACAUGGUUG